CCUGCCAAAGAAAACAGAAAGACAACCAGAACACAACAGACGAACCUGUAACGGUCAUCACAGACAAACUAGGCUACACUAAAAGUCUACAAGAAAACAACCUAGGCCUACUACAGCAGCCAGCAGAGGAAGGAUGAUCAAACCGACCCUUUUGCAAUUAAGUAGAGCUAGGAUCAUAGUUCUCUCCAGGAACAACCUGAUGAAGCGCACUUGGACGUCAGCAUGGACAAGAGGGGUCCAGUAUAGCUCAUGUGACGUCCGGCAGCUGCAUAUGACAAGAGUGCAGAGCAGCACAGGGGUCAAAGCCACAGCAGCAGCAGCACAGCCAGCCAUGCCCAAGCCCAAGCCCUCAGCACAGCCCUCCAUCAGCGCACCAGCCCAAAAAACACGGCCUGUUGUCAGUGGCCUGGAGUGUAUCAAACCCCUGGUGAGCACUGUGGAGGAGACCCUCGAGCUCAUUGGUACCACUGUCAAGGGAACCAUUCCAUCCUGGGUCCAUGGAAGCUUCCUCAGAAAUGGGCCGGGGAAAUUCGAAUUUGGUGAAAACAGGUACACCCAUUGGUUUGAUGGCAUGGCAUUGAUGCAUCGCUUCUACAUCAAGGAUGGCGAGGUGACCUACUGCAGCCGGUUCUUGAGGAGUGACUCAUAUGUGAAGAACUCGGAGAAGAACCGCAUAGUGGUGACUGAGUUUGGAACUCUGGCCAUGCCUGACCCCUGCAAGAACAUCUUUGCCCGUUUCUUCUCAAGGUUUCAGGUUCCAAAGGCCACUGAUAAUGCCAGUGUGAACUUUGUCAAGUACAAGGGUGAUUAUUAUGUCAGCACAGAGACCAACUACAUGCGCAUGAUUGACCCCCAGAGCUUGGAGACCAAAGAUAAGGUAGACUGGUCCAAAUUUGUAGCAGUAAAUGCAGCCACAGCCCAUCCUCAUUAUGACCGGGAUGGAACCACAUACAACCUGGGCAACUCCUAUGGAAAGGGUGGGUUUUUCUACAACAUCGUCCGUGUUCCUCUCCCCAAGGAGAAGGUUGAGAAGGACGAGGCAGAUCUGUCGGGUGCUGAGGUGCUCUGCUCCAUCCCCGCGUCCGACUCUAGGAGGCCAUCUUACUACCACAGCUUUGCGAUGUCAGAGAAUUAUGUGGUGUUCAUUGAACAACCCAUUAAGUUGGACCUGCUGAAGUUCAUGCUGUACAGGAUACAAGGAAAAAGCUUCCACAAGGUCAUGGAAUGGGACCCAUCUCUGGAAACCAUCUUUCAUGUUGUGGACAAACGCACUGGCAAGGAGAGCAAGGUGACCUAUUACGGAAAUGCCAUGUUCACCCUGCAUCAGAUCAAUGCGUAUGAGGACCAGGGCCAGCUGGUCAUGGACAUGUGCUGUGGAGACGACGGGGCCGUCAUAGGAGAUUUCACAUUGGAAAAUCUCAGCAAGGCAUCUGGGGAGGAACUUGACAAGUUUUACAAUGGACUAUGUACAAACCUGCCAAGGCGAUAUGUGCUGCCCCUGGAUGUGAAUGACCAAACACCUGUGAAUGAGAAUCUGGUCACACUACCAUUCUGCACUGCCAAGGCUGUGAAAAUGGCUGAUGGAAGGAUAUAUUGUGUCCAUGAGAAUCUCUAUGGUGAUGAUCUGUUGGCGUUCGGAGGACUGGAGUUCCCACAGAUCAACUACAACAACUACAACACUCGCAAAUACCGCUAUUACUACGGCUGUGGCUUCGGCCAUGUGUUCAGUGAUUCCCUUCUGAAGAUGGAUGUUGAGACAAAGGAACUUAAGUCAUGGCGAUACCCUGGCCUUUACCCCUCCGAGCCUGUGUUUGUCCCAUCACCCGAGGCCACAGAUGAGGAUGAUGGAGUGGUAAUGUCAGUGAUCAUUACACCCAGAGAGGAGAAGAGCACAUUCCUAUUGGUUCUGGAUGCCAAGACCUUUACAGAGCUGGGGCGAGCAGAAGUGCCAGUCAACAUUCCAUAUGGAACUCAUGGGGUUUUCAAUGAUAGAGCUUAAUGUGUAGAAGCACCUCUGAUCUUCUCUCUGCUAUGUCCAUUGAACACCCCUCACUGCUGUCCCACAAUCAGAAGUCCUCUUAGUUCUGUAAAUUUAUAAUACAGUCAUAGAGUGGCAUCAAGUAUUUAACUAAACUGGUCUCAGACUAUAGGCCUUUCAUCAUCCGAAUACUUCUGAAAGUGGGUAAGACUGUCUUUAGUGGCAGGCUAGCACAUACCUUUGACUUGCGCUAGCCUAGCACUU